AUGGCUCUUGACGUUCUCACUUUCAAUCCUGACGCUCCCUCUUUCAAUCCUGACGCUCCCUCUUUCAAUCCUGUCGCUCCCACCUUCAAUCCUGACGCGCCCACUUUCAAUCCUGACGCGCCCACUUUCAAUCUUGACGCGCCCACUUUCAAUCCUGUCGCUCCCACCUUCAAUCCUGACGCUCCCACCUUCAAUCCUGACGCUCCCACCUUCAAACCUGACGCGCCCACCUUCAAACCUGACGCGCCCCCUUUCAAUCCUGACGCUCCCACUAUCAAUCCUGACGCUCCCACUUUCAAUCCUGCCGCUCCCACCUUCAAUCCUGACGCGCCCACCUUCAAUCCUGACGCGCCCACUUUCAAUCCUGACGCUCCAACCUUCAAUCCAUGA